AUGUUCACACGUGCCAUCUUCGGAAUCCUUGGCACGACGGCUGUUGUCUCUGCUAGCCCCUCCGCCACUACCGAUCCGUCGCCAUCAAGGACAACGGCAAAGACUGGUGUG